AUGCGCAUGUUCAGACUGACGGUGGUCACAUUGCUGGCUGCAGCUUGCUGUACACUAACGGAUGGAGCAAUCAGCAUCACAUGUGAAGGCUCUGAUGCUUUACUGCAAUGUGAUGGAGGUAAGAUUCAAAUCAAGCGUGCCAACUAUGGUCGUCGUCAACACGAUGUGUGUUCCAUUGGGCGCCCCGAUAACCAACUCACCGACACCAACUGCCUCAGCCAAUCCACCACCAGCAAGAUGGCAGAAAGAUGCGGUGGGAAGAGCGAGUGUGUUGUGCCGGCAUCCAAUUUCGUUUUUGGAGACCCCUGUGUCGGGACUUACAAGUACCUGGACAUCAAAUACUCCUGUGUCCAACAGCAAGAAACAAUAAGCAGCAUCAUAUGUGAAGGCUCUGAUUCUCAACUACUAUGUGAUCGGGGUGAGAUCCAUAUUCAGCGUGCCAACUAUGGUCGUCGUCAACACGAUGUGUGUUCCAUUGGGCGCCCACAUAAACAACUCAAAAACACCAACUGCCUCAGCCCAUCCACCACCAGCACAAUGGCAAAAAGGUGUGACGGAGAGCGCCAGUGUAUCAUCAAGGUAUCCAACUCCGUAUUCGGCGACCCCUGUGUCGGAACCUACAAGUACUUGGAUGUGGCUUACACCUGUUACUGA